AUGUACACAGGGGAAGUGAGCUUAUUGGCUGAGCAGAUAGCCAAUCAGCUUCAACCUCAGGAGGAACCUAAGCCUUUACUUGACAAGAGGGAAUUGGUGGAAUUGGUAAGAGCCAAUGGUAUCAUAGGGCACUAGGCAUGUUGUAGACCCAAGAGUGAAGUGACUCCAGCUAGCGAACGUAGAUGUGGUGUUUGGUGAUGAGUGGAGCUAGGACUUCCUUCUAGUUCUAGAGAAGGAUUGUAAUUUUGUGUGUGUGUGUGUGUGUGUGUGUUUCUUAGGAACUAACUCUGUGACCAGUGUUCUGUGUGUGUGGAACAUUUGACCUCACUUAAGCUUUGUGGAGUUUUGUUGUGGUAUCCAACAUGUGCCAUAAUCUCAGGUGUUUCUGAAAAUCUGCCCCACACUUAUCUGCCCCAUAUACAUAGACUUGAAACCACUGGCCGCUUUAAUAAUGGAACACAAGUAACUCUAAUAAUGUUUACAUAUUUUUUUCUUUACUCAUCUCAUAUGUAUAUACUGUAUUCUAUUCUACUGUAUUUUAGUCUAUGCCACUCCAACAUUGCUCAUCCUACAUUUUCUAAUAUUUAUAUAUUCCUUAAUUCCAUGAUUUUACCAUUAGAUUGUGUGAAUUGUUAGAUAUUACUGCACUGUUGGUGCUAGAAACACAAGCAUUUUGCUACACCCGCAAUAACAUCUGCUAAACAUGUGCAUGUGACAAAUAAAAUGUGAUUUGAUUUGAAAUGUUUUGCCUGGUGUAAAGGUCCUAGUGGCUAAUCCACAGCCAUAAUCAUUGUAUGGCCUACUUAUUACUAGGUCAUUAAUGGUUUGAUAUCAAUGGAACAUUUGAUCCCAUAUCCCCUAACUCUCUAUCAGUUUGAUUUUCCCACUUUGUUGUGAAGUUGGGGCUUCAGGAAAAUGGCUUCCCACUCUCCCCAUCUCUCUUUACCUCUCUGCAGCCCCUAAUACAGUCUCCUCUCGUCCUCUCACCCCUACAGAGUUCCCUGAGGAAGGAGUUCCCCCAGAACAUCGGGGGCAGCGAUGUGUGCUUCUUCUGCCGGAAGCGUGUGUACGUUAUGGAGAGGCUGAGCGCCGAGGGCAAGUUCUUCCACCGCAGCUGCUUCAAGUGUGACUACUGCGGCACCACACUACGUCUUUCGUCCUACGCCUUCGAUGUGGAGGACGGUACGUGGAGGAAGACCCUAUUUUAAGCCACCUGUUGUGGUUACUACAGUGGGGGAAAAAAGUAUUUAGUCAGCCACCAAUUGUGCAAGUUCUCCCACUUAAAAAGAUGAGAGAGGCCUGUAAUUUUCAUCAUAGGUACACGUCAACUAUGACAGACAAGUUGAGAAAAAAUUUCCAGAAAAUCCCAUUGUAGGAUUUUUAAUGAAUUUAUUUGCAAAUUAUGGUGGAAAAUAAGUAUUUGGUCAAUAACAAACGUUUCUCAAUACUUUGUUAUAUACCCUUUGUUGGCAAUGACACAGGUCAAACGUUUUCUGUAAGUCUUCACAAGGUUUUCACACACUGUUGCUGGUAUUUUGGCCCAUUCCUCCAUGCAGAUCUCCUCUAGAGCAGUGACGUUUUGGGGCUGUCGCUGGGCAACACGGACUUUCAACUCUCUCCAAAGAUUUUCUAUGGGGUUGAGAUCUGGAGACUGGCUAGGCCACUCCAGGACCUUGAAAUGCUUCUUAUGAAGCCACUCCUUCGUUGCCAGGGCGGUGUGUUUGGGAUCAUUGUCAUUGUCAUGCUAAAAGACCCAGCCACGUUUCAUCUUCAAUGCCCUUGCUGAUGGAAGGAGGUUUUCACUCAAAAUCUCACGAUACAUGGCCCCAUUCAUUCUUUCCUUUACACGGAUCAGUCGUCCUGGUCCCUUUGCAGAAAAACAGCCCCAAAGCAUGAUGUUUCCAACCCCAUGCUUCACAGUAGGUAUGGUGUUCUUUGGAUGCAACUCAGCAUUCUUUGUCCUCCAAACAUGACGAGUUGAGUUUUUACCAAAAAGUUCUAUUUUGGUUUCAUCUGACCAUAUGACAUUCUCCCAAUCCUCUUCUGGAUCAUCCAAAUGCACUUCAGACGGGCCUGGACAUGUACUGGUUUAAGCAGAGGGACACAUCUCGCACUGCAGGAUUUGAGUCCCUGGCGGCGUAGUGUGUUACUGAUGGUAGGCUUUGUUACUUUGGUCCCAGCUCUCUACAGGUCAUUCACUAGGUCCCCCCGUGUGGUUCUGGGAUUUUUGCUCACCGUUCUUGUGAUCAUUUGACCCCACUGGGUGAGAUCUUGCGUGGAGCCCCAGAUCGAGGGAGAUUAUCAGUGGUCUUGUAUGUCUUCCAUUUCCUAAUAAUUGCUCCCACAGUUGAUUUCUUCAAACCAAGCUGCUUACCUAUUGCAGAUUCAGUCUUCCCAGCCUGGUGCAGGUCUACAAUUUUGUUUUUGGUGUCCUUUGACAGCUCUUUGGUCUUGGCCAUUGUGGAGUUUGGAGUGUGACUGUUUGAGGUUGUGGACAGGUGUCUUUUAUACUGAUAACAAGUUCAAACAGGUGCCAUUAAUACAGGUAACGAGUGGAGGACAGAGGAGCCUCUUAAAGAAGAAGUUACAGGUCUGUGAGAGCCAGAAAUCUUGCUUGUUUGUAGGUGACCAAAUACUUAUUUUCCACCAUAAUUUGCAAAUAAAUUCAUUAAAAAUCCUACAAUGGGAUUUUCUGGAAAUUUUUUCUCAACUUGUCUGUCAUAGUUGACGUGUACCUAUGAUGAAAAUUACAGGCCUCUCUCAUCUUUUUAAGUGGGAGAACUUGCACAAUUGGUGGCUGACUAAAUACUUUUUUCCCCCACUGUAUGUAGUGUGCUUUUCGUUCAAUACAGAUAUGUUUGUGCUGUCUUCCCAUGGAAUGACUAUAGGAGUUGGUAACACCGUACUAAAACAAAUAUACACUGAGUGUACAAAACUUUAACGACACCUGCUUUUUCCAUGACAGACCAGGUGAAUCAAGGUGAAAGCUAUGAUCCCUUAUGGAUGUCACUUGUUAAAUCCACUUCAAAACAGUGUAGAUGAAGGGGAGGAGACAAGUUAAAGAAGGAUUUUUAAGCCUCAAGACUAUUGAGACAUGGACUGUGUAUGUGUGCCAUUCGAGGGUGAAUGGGCAAGACAAAAUAUUUAAGUGCCUUUGAACGGGGUAUGGUAGUAGGUGCCAGGCUCACCGGUUUGAGUGUGUCAAGAACUGCAACAAUUUCCAGUAUGAAAAAUGUAUGCACUCACUAAUUGUAAGUCGCUCUGGAUAAGAGCGUCUGCUAAAUGACUAAAAUGUCAACUGGAUCACAAAAAAAAAUGUUUCAAGAAUGGUCCACCACCCAAAGGACAUCCAGCCAACUUGACACAACUGUGAGAAGCAUGGUAGUCAACAUGGGCCAGCAUCCCUGUGGAACGCUUUCGUCACCUUGUAGAUUCCAUAUCCCGAUGAAUUGAGGCUGUUCUAAGGGCAAAAGGGAUGCAACUGAAUAUUAGGAAGGUGUUCUUAAUGUUUUGUACACUCAGUGUACUUGUGAAUAGAUACAGCUUGCAUACACUGUUGAUAUGUUUACAAAAACAUCCCACCUGAAUGACACAAUCACUUUGUUUUGACUAAAUUCAAACAGGGCACAGACAUUUCUGACACGCAAUAAGAUCAUUUGAGACUCGCUCAAAUUAACCUGUUACAUGAUCAAGAUACUGUAGAAAGUGCUGCCUCAUAGACAUACACACACAUACUAUGCCAAGCCUUGUCCUUGUGGUUGUCCUUGUGGUUACAAUAGGAGUCAUCAUAUUGUCCUCAUAGCGUCUGCCGCAUUAUUUAUUUUUCUCUCUCUGAGUGUCAAAAGGCCUCUCUUGUGCUCAUGGAACAAGAAGCAAAUUGUUAGCAAUGACAGAGUGGCUGUUUCUCCCAGUUUAGUUAGUGAUCCCAGUCAUCCCACUGGUAGAGCAGACUCCAGAAUUCCCACUAGGAACUGAUGGAGGGAGGGAGGGAGGACAAUCAUUUUGUCUUUCUAUGAACAACAUACUCUCACACACAGGCUUUCACCGUACUAAAGAGUAUGCAACAGUCAUGAGGUUAAUGCAGUCUGAUCUGCAUAAGAUGUUUGUUUUGCACUGGUUUAAUACUUCUCUGUUUCUGUCUUUUCUCCUACAGGGAAGUUUUACUGCAAGCCCCACUACUGUUACCGCUCGUCUGGUCAGGCUCAGAGGAAGAGGCCGGCCCCGACCCCUGCUCCACUCAAUGCUAAGGUACUACUGACCCAUCAUCUCUCUACACACACACACACACACACACACACACACACACACACACUGGAUCUGUCAUGUAGGAUAAUCAGGAAGUGUAGGAUAUGUAUUGACCCCCUCCUCCCUUCCACUUCUGUCUUUACUCCAGGACAACCAGGCGUCCUUGCCCGCAGCGGUCACCCUGGACUCCCCCGGGAGGGGGGCGAUGGCAUCCCCGUCCCCCACCGAGCACCGGCCCUCAGGUACCCCCAAUACCCCGCUUUCCUCACCUGUAGCUGUGGUGCCACUGCCCCGCCUGGCCCCGCUGGCCCGGGCUCGGGGGGUGGGGGAGGGGCCCCUGCGCACCCUCUGCCGCACCCUGUCCUGGACCUGCCACCAGGUGGCACGAACUCCCCUCGACUCGCCCUUCCUUUGUACCUACUGUAUCUACCUCUUCUGCUGUUUCACCCUCAACGCCCUGCUCAAUCUCCUAGCAUGACCUGUAGCAUGAUGUACUACAGUACCCAUAAUGCUUUGUAGAACAUAUCCCGUCUCCCUAUGACCUCCGUGACUUUACUUCACCAACUAAUGACUCUGAGUGAAACUGUAUAGAUCUAAGCUAGCAUCCUCUAUUCCUCUUUCGUAUAGCUUGUUGACUUGAUGUCCUGUUGAUGUAAAUCUUGUGAUUCUGUGUGUGGUGUUAUUUAUUUCUUGAAGAUGCAUCAUUCCCUCCCAUUCGCAUUCAAUUCGUGAUUGAUUUUGGCCAGUAAAGUAGCCCCGCUGCCAGCUAGAUUUGAAACGAAUGGUGCAUCUUCUUCUUCUUCAUUUCUCGGCUGGGAAAUUAAAAUAACAGUCAGGCAAAAUGAUGAGCCUUCGCUGUUUGCUUCUGUGGUUUUUAAGACUUCAUCAUACUGUAGUUAACUUUUCUCACUGAGUUAUAGUAAUUAUUAUUAGUAGUAAUUUAACAGUAACCUGUUGAAUUUUAACCUGUAGUUAUGUACAUUAAAUGUCAGAUUUAUAUUAAUUAAUUAAUUAUAUUAAAUAUGUUAUAUUACUCAACAAAUAAGUUGUGUGCUCUUUUGCCUGCCUGUGCUUUAAUCAAAGGCCAAAUGUGUGAUUGUAACCUGUAGUGGCCUGUGACUUUCUUAGCUUUACCUCCUUUUUGACCUGCUCACUAGAGCGUGCCUGUAUCAGUGCUUGUGAUUGGUUCUCUGUAAGCUUGACCUUUUCACCCUCCUAUCAGAGCAGCCUGAAGCCAAGAGCUAGUGCUUGAAACAGUGCUUGUGAUUGGUCCCUUGUGAGAUCCACCCUCCCUCUCCUCUGACCGUACCAUCAGUGGCUGUCCUGUCUGUCUGUCCUCCUGCAUUCCCACCCCUCUCUUUGCAUACUAACACCUCCAAUGCUUUUCCUUAAUGCCACAUUUCUCUUGCAUAUACUGUAGUGUCAUAGAUGUUACAGAUGAAAUGUAUAGGUUGAUAUCUCUAAUGUAAGGCUAAUGAUCUAAAGUGUGAAGUUUGUAGCUUAGAUGACUUUAAUAGGUCAUUUGUAGGCCUAGGCCAGUAUUAUAUUUAAGGUAAAUAUAAGGCUUUCAUCCCCCAACUACUAGCACAUUUAUACUUGGUACUAAGAUAUACAGUACCAGUCAAACGUUUGGACACACCUACUCAUUCAAGUGUUUUUCUUUAUUUUUACUAUUUUCUACAUUGUAGAAUAAUAGUGAAGACAUCAAAACUAUGAAAUAACACAUAUGGAAUCAUGUAGUAACCAAAAAAGCGUUAAACAAAUCAAAAUAUAUUUUAUAUUUGAGGUUCUUCAAAGUAGCCACCGUUUGCCUUGAUGACAGCUUUGCACACUCUGAGCAUUCUCUCAAUCAGCUUCACAUGGAAUGCUUUUCCAACCGUCUUGAAGGAGUUCCCACAUAUGCUUUGCACUUGUUGGCUGCUUUUCCUUCACUAUGCGGUCCAACUCAUCCCAAACCAUCUCAAUUGGGUUGAGUUCGGGUGAUUGUGGAGGCCAGGUCAUCUGAUGCAGCACUCCAUCACUCUCCCUCUUGGUCAAAUAGCCCUUACACAGCCUGGAGGUUGAAAAACAAAAACAAAAGAUAGUCCCACUAAGCGCACACCAGAUGGGAUGGCGUAUCGCUGCAGAAUGCUGUGGUAGCCAUGCUGGUUAAGUGUGCCUUGAAUUCUAAAUAAAUCACAGACAGUGUCACCAGCAAAGCACCCCCACACCAUCAAACCUCUUCCUCCAUGCUUCACGGUGGGAACCACACAUGCGGAGAUAAUCCUUUCACCUACUCUGCGUCUCACAAAGACACAGCGCUUGGAACCAAAAAUCCACCGGACAGAUUUCCACCGGUCUAAUGUCCAUUGCUCAGUUUUCUUGGCCCAAGCAAGUCUCGUCUUCUUAUUGGUGUCCAUUGGUAGUGGUUUCUUUGCAGCAGUGGUCCUCUGUAGCUCAGCUGGUAGAGCACGGUGCUUGUAACGCCAGGGUAGUGGGUUCGAUCCCCGGGACCACCCAUACACAAAAAUGUAAGUCGCUUUGGAUAAAAGCGUCUGCUAAAUGGCAUAUUAUUAUUAUUAUUAUUAUUAAUUCGACCAUGAAGGCCUGAUUCACGCAGUCUCCUCUGAACAGUUGAUGUUGAAAUGUGUCUGUUACUUGAACUCUGUGAAGCAUUUAUUUGAGCUUCAAUCUGAGGUGCAGUUAACUAUAAUGAACUUUCUUCUGCAGCAGAGGUAACUCUGGGUCUUCCUUUCCUGUGGCGGUCCUCAUAGAGCUUGAUGGUUUUUGCGACUGCACUUGAAGAAACUUUCAAAGUUCUUGAAAUUUUUGGGAUUGACUGACCUUCAUGUCUUAAAGUAAUGAUGGACUGUCAUUUCUCUUUGCUUAUUUGAGCUGUUCUUGCCAUAAUAUGGACUUGGUCUUUUACCAAAUAGGGCUAUCUUCUGUAUACCACCCCUACCUUGUCACAACACAACUGAUUGGCUCAAACACAUUAAAGAAUAAAUUAACUUUUAACAAGGCACACCUGUUAAUUGAAAUGCAUUCCAGGUGACUACCUCAUGAAUCUGGUUGAGAGAAUGCCAAGAGUGUGCAAAGCUGUCAUCAAGGCAAAGGGUGGCUACUUUGAAGAAUCUCAAAUAUAAAAUAUAUUUUGAUUUGUUUAACACUUUUUUGGUAACUACAUGAUUCCAUGUGUUAUUUCAUAGUUUUGAUAACUAUAUAAUAUAAUAUAUAUAACUAUACAAUAUAGAAAAUAGUAAAAAAUUAAGAAAAACCCUUGAAUGAGUAGGUGUGUCCAAACUUUUGACUGGUACUGUAUAUAAGAUAUACUGUAGGAAGGCCGCAGGCAUGACAUAUAUUUCCUGUUAAUGGCAAUGAUAUUGAUCAUCUCGUAACACAUGCUGACCUUUGGGAAUCCCUAUCAUUUGUAUUAUAGUCUUUAGAGGUUAGUCGAACAAGAGUCAUUGGCUCAAGAAUCUAUCGUCUCAUGAUGCAGACAGUAUAAUUGUCUUCUAAAUGCUCCCCUGUGAUACUAGAGUUCUGCAUUCUUCAGUUUCACUCAUCUGACAUGAACUGUCACCACUUUCACCAGCACAUAAAAACAAAUCAAAUAUCACACUCACUGCCUUACCACACCAUGCUUUGGUGAGUGUUGCAUGGGGUCAUUGCUUACAACACAUUGUCUGUUGGUAAGUUUCUCUCCCCUAACUUUAAGCUGCACUUAGAAUUUUAAAGAACACAUUUAUAAUUGUUGCUGUGCCCUAUAGAUGCGCUAAAAAGGUAAAUGGAACACGACCCAAAAAAUGUAAACGCCAUAGAAAUGUGUGGGGGAAAGAUGUCGUGGGGGAAAGAUCCCGAAUCUCCUCAUUGCCCCCCAGCAAAAUUAGCCUAUAUUGUUUAUACUGUAUGUGUAUUUCACACUAUGUUAAAGGUAAAAAUCGGAGUAUAAUGCUUGUAUGGAUGUCAAACCCAAUAUAUGUUCAUGUCAUCAUCACUUAUCAACUGCAUUACAGUUCAAAACAACUUUGACUACCACCACCAAUUUCUCUAUGCUAGCUAUGCUACUAGCUCAUACGAACGGGAGUUAGCAUUUAGCAGUCACUUCUUCAAAACCUGAAAAGGGACAACUUCUAAAUGUUCUGCAGCGAAAACAGCCAAAUAUAUCCAAAUCAGACUUUAGUAACCACAUUGUGGGCCUGUUACAAUAUACACUGAGUGGACAAAACAUUAAGGACACCUUCCUAAUAUUGAGAUGCACCCUCCCCUUUUGCACUCAGAAGAGCCUCAAUUCGUCGGGGCAUGGACUCUGCUGUCAAAAGCGUUCGACAGUGAUGCUGGCCCAUGUUGACUCUAAUGCUUCCCACAGUUGUGUCAAGUUGGUUGGAUGUCCUUUGGGUGGUGGACCAUUCCUGAUACACACGGGAAACUGUUAAGCGCAAAAAACCCAGCAGCGUUGCAGUUCUUAACACAAACCGGUGCGCUUGGCACCUACUACCAUACCCUGCUCAAAGACACUUAACUCUUUUGUCUUGCCCGUUCACCCUCUGAAUGGCACUCAUACACAAUCCAUGUCUCAAUUGUCCUAAGGCUUAAAAAUCCUUCUUUAACCUGUCUCCUCCCCUACAUCUAUGCUGAUUUGAAGUGGAUUUAACAAGUGACAUCAAUAAGGGAUCAUAGCUUUCACCUGGACUGUCAUGGAAAGAUCAUGUGUCCUUAAUGUUUUGUACACUCAGUGUAUAAAUCAUUACGGAUUUGACGAAUAUCCACUUUGUUAGAUCAGAUUUGUGGAAUGUGUCUCAAUGACGGCAUCAGUGUCCUGCGUUCCAUUGACCUCUUUACAGCAUCUGUGCUAAUGUAUAAUCUCACCUCAAAUUUAGACUAUCAGUCUCUGUCAGUUUUAAGUUGCUUCCUAGGAUGGGAAAAAGGCAAAGUAGUACCAACCUUUACCCUGUUGCAUAUAGAAUUGUAUCUUAUAUAAUUCUAUAUACUAUAAAGUAUAGAUAAUAUACAGUAUAUAUAUAUUUGAUUUGUGAGACACUGUAGGAAACCAAAUUAAUGCAAUAAAUUCUUAGAAUGACUUGUGUUUUUGUCUGUUUUUCCUAGAAUCUAAAGAAAUGUGUAUAGAAACAAAACAAAAAUGUCUCAAACAUGACACAAAUCAGUUGAUACAAAAUGAGUGACAAUAAAUCAGUGCUCAACUAUAGUCAUGGAAGAAACAUGGAUGGAAAUGUGAUUAUUUAAAAGAUCUGGUUGCUGGUAGCUAGCAAGUUAUACAGUAGGUACAGUAUACUGGUCCGAUGGUAUAGUGCAAACCUUGGGAGAAGUUGCGGAGGAGCAUAGCCGCAGUUUGAAUGAUACCCGAGACUGCCUAGUGUCUACAGCCUUGCAUGGCUCUUGCACUGCUGUAUCCCUCUAGCUCCUCUCCUCAACCAUGCUACCUAUGAUUUCUCAGUUGCCUGUCUGUAUUCUCUCCCCCUCCGCGGUCCACCCCAGUCCCGGAGGUGAACGGGCUGCAGGAGCCCAGCCUGGCUAAGCGUCUGCGGGGCACGCCGGAGCGCAUCGAGCUGGAGAACUACCGUCUGUCUCUGCAGCGGGAGGAGGACCUAGAGGAGGUGCCAGAGGAGACGCUGGCCGAACAUAACCUAAGCAGUGUAUUGGACAAGGACACACACGCAGACCUGGGCUCCAGGUGAGACCACAGGGGAAUAGUCAACUCUGCAUGGGGUGACCUGUGGCAACAACUGUUGAAUCUCAGUCAUUUAACAUAGGCCUAUGUAUAGUAAAACCGUUGUAGAUACUUAAAUUAUCAUUUUAAUAUUGCAUGUUCGUAUGUGAUGAUCGUUAUGGUCAGUGUUUUUCUAGUAUAGUAAGUGUUCUAGUAUUGGAUACAUACAGUGGCAGUAAGUGUUGGUGUAUGUGUAUCCCCUUCCAUGAUGACUCUCCAAUCCUGCCUGCUCUAACUUGCACCCCCCCUCUCUUGCUCUCAUACAGCAGCUCUGAGUCUGACAUGGAGGAGGAGGACCAGGAGGAUGAGGAGCAACAUGAGGAGGAGCAGCAGGAGCCCCCCGGCCCCUCAGACCUGGGAGGAGUACCCUGGAAGGAGGCUGUGGAGCUCCAUGCCAAGCUGAAGACCGACAGCGACCCAGGGGCUGAGGAUGAUGAGGGAGAGGAUGAUGAGGGAGAGGAUGGUGAGGGAGAGGAUGAUGAGGGAGAGGAUGAUGAGGGAGAGGACGGUGAGGGAAAGGACGGUGAGGGAAAGGACGGUGAGGGAGUGGUCGAGACACAUGGUCACAUCGCUAGGGAUUUAGAAGUGGAGGAAGAGGACGAAGAAGAGGAGGAGGACGAUGAGGAGGAAUCGAGUGAUGGUAAACAUUUCUUUAACAGUUUCACAAACAUCUAUGCAGUUUCUCUGUGGUUUUCAGAUGUCGUGUUGGAGUGCCGAUCCUUAAUAUUCUGUCAUGAUUCAAUGAAAAGGUAGUGAUAUGACAUUUUUGAAUGUAGCUAAUGUUUGUAGUUGUUCUGAGAGGUAGCCUCCAGUAAACUGGUGUUAGAGCCAGAGGGAUGUCAAUGUUUUCCCUAUGAUGUCAUCCCUAUGAUGUCUUCCUCAUCCCUCCUCCUCAUGUGUAUGUGAACAUUCGGUCUUCAUCUCAACUCUGUGACAAUUUGUCACAAAACAGACUGAAUCUGCUUUUUAUAGAAAAGUGUACCUCUUUCACCUGUCAUUGUAAAGUCAUUGUUUUCCUCAUCUUCUCCGUUUCUCCUCCUCCCUCUUCCUCUCCUCCUUUUCCUCCAUGUGUCUCCCGUACUGUGUGUGCUUGUGUGACGUCUGUGCCCGAAUGCGUUUGUGUCUUUCCUGUGUCUGUGUGUGGGUUAUUAUGUGGGCGAUGUCUCCCCCAACUGGUAGAGGGGGAGUACUGCCCAUGGGAGCGGGAGCUCCAGUCAGGCCUAUGGCUGGAGAAACUACAAGACGAAGAGGAUACCUGUAGAUUUAAAGGUAGCACCACUGCCUGCACCCUGCGGAUGAGUUUUGCAGUUUGUACACUGAACAAAAUAACUAUGAGUGAAGAAACCUUCUCAUUAAUUUUUUUUUUUUUACCAGGCUUUCUGCUGAAGUGUUUUGUUGGCAUUAUUAUGUUGUCUGAUUUGGUUAUGUUUGCAAUAUUAUACGAUUUUGAAAAGAGGAAGGAUGAUUAUUUUUCAUUCUCUGUUUUACAUUUUCAAGCUGAAAUAUGACUUCCUGUUUUAGCCUAACCCUUUUAAUGUUUUUCCAAUUAACUUUUUUUUUGCAACUUCUGUACUAAUCGACUAAUACUAAGAAAAUGUACAGAGUCAGUUUUAGUCAUUGCAGUUUUAGCAUGAUAGACAGUGGUGUGAUAACCAUUGUUAAAGUAUUUUUUAAAUAUAUUUGUUCCUAAUGUAAUUACUGUAAAGCUGCUACUCUUGUUCCAGGAUGCUAGUGCAUGCAGCCUCCAUCUUCCUCCUGUGGUAUAUCAUAUACAACUCUACUGUCUCCUACUGGUCUUUAAUCACCUCUCUGCCUUCUCUCUCCUAUCCCUUUUUUCUCUCUGUUCUGUCCUGUCUGUUCCCCUUUUCCUUUGUAUUCCUAAACGACUGUCGGUCUCUCCUCUCCUCUCUCUCACCCUUAUACAACCUGCAACUCAAAUCCACACGCACCACUAUCACACACCAACCAUAUAUGGUCCAACCCCUACACCUCCAUACAGCCAGGAACCUGCAGAUCCAGCAAGUUCUGCAGCCUGUGGAUCCGAUGGGCAUUAAGAAUCUCAGAGGAGUCUCCGUACAGACAGAGGGGGACAAGGAGGGUCCUCCUGCCUCGGCCUCCCAGCCAUCCACCACGCUCACCCAGCCCUCCUCCACAGGUAACCCAGCCCAGAGGAGCUCAUCCCUGGGUACACUCCCAGAGCUGGCCCCGUGGCUCCUUGGCUGUUGGUCUCCGGGUUGGGGGAAGGAACCAGUGUGUCUCAUCAGACUGGCUACUGCUGUGUGUCUGAGCCAGGAGGACCCACCCUGUUAACCCCAACAUUAACAAACGUCUUGUCUAUAAUCAUCUGUGAUUUUGUUUUGAUUGCCCUGCUUUAUUUUAUGUGUCUAAUUUUUUUCAGCCUUUUAUGUUGUCUCAGUGUUAUCGCGGGGGGUCUGGGGUUGUGACUGGUGGACUAAGAGACACCGGUGUCACUGGGUCAGGUCAAAGGUCAACAAUCACACCCCGGCUUCCUUCUUUUAUUUAUCCCGUUUCUUAUUCUGUCUAGUUUGGCUUUGUUUUGUUCUGUUGUUUCUUUCCCAUGUGUCUGUUCUGUUCUGUUCAUUUCCUAUCCCAAUGUUUGUUUUGAAUGUAGCCCCCGCCCACACAUCUGCUCGUCAUGAGGCUGUGCGAGUCUGGUUGGAGUCGGUGUCCGGAGGUAGUGCAGAGUGAUAUAUGUGAUCCUUAUAUAUGAUGACCCCUAUACCUUAGCUCAUAACUCUAUUCUACUGUAUACCGGCCUUCCUUAGAGCAUGGCAGCACACACUCACACAGACACACACUCACAAGCAUGCAUGCCGUAACGAUGCCACGCAAGAGAGCGUAUCUCUCUUGGGGUCAGACCAACACUUGCACUACCUUUACCACUUUACUCACUCACCACCCAACCCCACUUCCCUGUACAUCAGACUAUACAGUACCGUACAGCAAAUAGGAGUAGAAGGGGAGACAAGUUGCAUAAGGUGUUCUAGACUUGACACAUAUUUAUAGCAGCAAGCACCAUCAAGAAUGUAAGAGAAUGAACUCAAUCUGCCUCUCCUCUUUUGCCUGCUGGCCAGCUUUUGGGUUAUGGGAGGGAUGGUUAUAGGUCAUGUUAAAGCAUGUCAGAUAUCAGGGUCAGUGCAGGGUGCCAGGCCAGCCAGGGUAAAGCUCUCUAAAAGCUGUGCUGAUAACACAUUAGAAUGAUUUUCUCUUGUAGGCUACACUUCACUCACCAGAGCUGUUGCAAGUCUAGGGUAGUCUUUCUCUGCCUGCACAAUGGUGUCUCUAGAUGGGGAAUGAAUGUGGGUGGAGUUGACAGUUAGAGCACAGUAAUUUUUCUGGAAUAGUUGUUUUCCUCUGAUAUUAACAGUUGCAUGUUUCUGAGGUGGGGUGACUCCCAUUUCAAGCUUUUGGAGGGGUUUCGUUCUUGACUCACAGAAAACAUACAAACUCUCUCACCUAUAGUGUAUCGAGCUCACAAGGACACUUUGGACGAGGGAUACUUUUGCUUGUCCACUUCAACAUGGAUGCCAUUAACACCUUUUGGUUGUGCAAUUGCUUGAUACAAGCGUCAUGAUUUGCAUUUGCAGAAAUGGAUCAGUGCAUGUCUCUAACCACUAAUCAUGUCAUGAUAUAUACUAUUUUUUGUUUGUUUAUGUGCGGAGACUGUUGUGCAAAUAUAUGUAAAUGUCAUAAUAACGUGUCUGUUAAUAUCUUACCUCAAAUCUCUUUUUAAAGUUUGUCCCAGAAAUGGACUUCUCCUAAGCCUAGUCUGCAGUAGUAGUUGUUGUUAUAGCAUAGCUUUUUUUUAUCCCGUUUCAUAUGCUUUUAUCUCAUUCCUGUUCUUCACGCUUCAAAUUCACCCAAAGGCAUUUUCUUAAGUAUUUGUUUAAUAACACUUUGUUUCUUAUCUUUUACUCUGAGGUCAGAAAUGAAGAGGGUUCAGAUUAGGGUUGCUCCACCUCAAAAAGCACAAGAAAGAGGAUUUUGACACCCACCGUCUCAAAUUGUUCUGAAAUCGUUUCUGUAGUUAGAAACACAUGAGAUUAGCAUUCCUGCAACAUUAUUUUGUUGAAAUAUAAUUUGAUCUCUAAGAAAUUAAGCUAAUUGAUUGCACCCAAAUUGGACAUUUAAAUGUAUAGGGUUCAUAUAAUAUUCAAUAAAUAUAGUACCCAACAUCCUAUUUGGACCAAACUUUUUCCUACCAAUAAGUAAGACAUGAGUAAUCAAAAAAUUAUAAUUAUGUGAAAACCACCCACGGACCCCCCACACCCCGCGACAAUCCCACUCCAACAACCAGUAUACAGUAUCAGUUCUCUAUAUCUGACAAGUAGUAUGGCGCUGUGGGUUGGAGUAUUGUUUCUUCAUACUAUGUGAUGUAUUCCCAGUGAAUUUGGUGAUGGUUAUUUUCCCCUGUUCAGAGAAAUUAGUCAUUAAAGUUGUUAGGUUUAUGCCCCAUCAUACAUCCUGAUAUGACCAGGUUCUGACCACUAGAUGGUGCUGUUCCUGCUAUUAGAUGGAAAAGGUGUGAAUAAUUCCCCCCCCCCCCCCCAUUUUAAAGGGAUAGUUCACCCAAAUAAAAACAUUACAUAAUGGUUUCCUUACGCUGUUAGCUGUCUAUGGACAAGUUUUAACAGCAAUCCAUGCUUUGGUUUUGUUUACCUGGCCACCGUUUCAAAUGCUAACUUUUGUCAAUGCAAGUCAAUGGUCCCUAUAUUAGCACUUUCACGCUUCAUGUCCAAAUCAUCCUAAAAUGUCCAAAAAUUGAUUGUGUAACACGAUUAAGUUGCUUAUAUGAUUUGGACAUGAACCGUGAAAAUGCUAAUAUAGGUACAAUUGACUUGUACCAAUUGGAUUUGCACCAUUUAAUGCAAAAAAGUUAGCAUUUGAAACAGUGGCCAGGUAAACAAAACAAAAGCAUGGAUUGCUGUCCAUAUACUGCUUCCAGGGUAAGGAAACAAAUAUGUCAUUUAGCAAUUUGGAACUAUCCCUUUAAUAUUGAGGGGGGGAAAUACACUACAUGGCCAAAAGUAAAUUAGUGGAUUCGGCUAUUUCAGCCACACCCGAUGCUGACAGGUGUGUAAAAUCGAGCACACAGCCAUGCAAUCUCCAUAGACAAACAUUGGCGGUAGAAUGGCCCGUACUGAAGAGCACAGUGACUUUCAACGUGUCACCAUUGUAGGAUGCCACCUUUCCAACAAGUCAGUUUGUCAAAUUUCUGCCCUGGUCUGGGGCUGUUUUUCAUGGUUCGGGUUAGGCCCCUUAGUUCCAGUGAAGGGAAAUCUUAACGCUACAGCAUACAAUUACAUUCUAGACGAUUCUGUGCUUCCAACUUUGUGGCAACAGUUUGGGGAAGGCCCUUUCCUGUUUCAGCAUGACAAUGCCCCCGUGCACAAAGCGAGGUCCAUUCAGAAAUGGUUUGUCGAGAUCGGUGUGGAAGAACUUGACUGGCCUGCACAAAGCCCUGACCUCAACCCCAUCGGCCACCUUUGGGAUGAAUUAGAACGCCUAAUUGCCCAACAUCAGUGCCAGACCUCACUAAUGCUCUUAUGGCUGAAUGGAAGGAAGGCCCCGCAGCAAUGUUCCAACAUCUAGUGAAAAGCCUUCCCAGAAGAGUGGAGGCUGUUAUAGCAGCAAAGAGGGGACCAACUCCAUAUGUAUGCCCAUGAUUUUGGAAUGAGAUUUUGACAAGCAGGUGACCACAGGUGACCACAUACUUUUGGCCAUGUAGUGUAUUUUCAACCUAAUAGCAGGAACAGCACCAUCUAGUGGUCAGAACCUGCUAAUAUUUGGAUGUAUAAUGGGACACAAACCUAAGACCUUCAAUGACAAAUUUCUCUGAAAAAUCCGCAGCUCCAAACUACUGGUCAGACAUAGAGAACUGAUACUGUAUACUGGUCGUUGGGGUGGGAUUGGCGUGAGGUGUCUGUGGGUGGCUUUUGACCUGUUUUUUGGGGGGAUUCCUCAUGUAUUACUUAUUGGUAGAAAAAGGUUUAGCCCAAAUCAGCCAAUUUGGGUGCAAUCAAUUAGCUUAAUUUUUCAGAGAUCAAAUUAUAUUCAAACAAAAUAAUGUUGCAGGAAUGCUUAUCUUAUCUGUUUCUAACUGCAGAAACCAUUUCAGAACAUAUGUGAUGGUGGAUGUCAUGGUUUGCUGAAAUGACAUGGAAUGACCCAUUAGACUGCUUUGAGCAGGUCUUAGACAGCUCUCUUUGGUUGAACCUAACUGAAAGCUCAGUUUUAUACCCCUGUUUAACUGUUUCCACUCUCUCCUGUGCCGGCAGAGCCCUGUGAGGAAGAUGACCCGGAAGCAGAAGUGGGGAGCCAUGAUUUUGAGCCAGGCACCGAGAUGGACCAGGGUAUGGAACCAACUUAUUCAGCAAAUCUCUACUAUUUUGUUUUCUACUUAUGUAUCUAAUAUUUGAUUGAGGCUUCACAGAAGGUGUAUUAAGAACACUGUGCUAAAUGAGCUAUGGUGACUGAUCUUGUCUAUAUAAUUACAGAGGACAUUCCCUCUGACGCGGAGGCUGAGGCUCGUCUGCACCAGUCAGAGAUAAGUGAAGCGCUUCUUGAAGAAGACAAGAAUUCGCAGAGUCAGGGGAUCGCCUGUAGCAUUGAACAAACUAGUGUCAGUCCGGUGAAGUUAGUUGGGGAAGUUGUGCUCUCGCCAGUCAAACCACCGACUCCAACAGCCUGAAUUGCAGGUACGAAAUGUUUCCCUCUCAUCUAGUUCUGUGGUCUUGGCAUUCAAUGAGUUUGUCAAAGGCUAAAUGCACCUCUUCCUCUGCUUGUUUUCCAGAUGUCUCACACGUCUCCUCCCUACCUGGUCAAAUCCCCUGGCAUGCGCUUUUUCCCAGAACCCUUUGCUCCGGAGGACGUCACAAUACCGCAGAGGACAGUUCAGACCCCUAACGCCAAGAGCCCCCAAUACGCUACCCCCGCCCCGUCCCCCAUUCGCUCCCCUAUCCGCUCCCAGCCUAUCCCACUGCCCGAGACGGUCACCCCAAAAUCCCCUGUCAACUCUCCACCCUGCUCCUGCCCCCCGACAGGGAACCCGCUGUCUCCCAUCUGUGCCCAGCCGUUGCCCUGCCACGAGCCCUCCUCACCCCUCAUCUCGGACUCCCCUGUCAGAACUCAGCCUGUCCCUGCUGUCACCUCCACGCCGCUGGCCAAACCAGCCUCCUCUGACAGGACUACCCCAGAGCCACAAAAAUCUCUGGACCUCACAGACGAAACCCCGGUGAAGAAGACAGACAUCAUCGAGGAGUUCUGGCAGAAGAGUGCCGAGAUCAGGAAGAGCCUGGGUCUCACCCCACUGGACCGUAGCAGCAGCAGCAAAGCCCCAGAGAAGAGUCAUGUUACUGUGGGUAAGGUGCCCACUCCGGACUCCCCCUCGACCAAGUCCUACACCCCAGAGGAUCUGUCGGAGGAGCUUAGGCCUUCCCCUUCCCCCUUCACCGGUCGCUCGGUCAUUCGCAGGCUGAACAUUACGGUGGAGGGCCAGGUCAUCUCCCCCGUGGAGCCUAAGAGCAAUGGCUCGGACCGGAGGGACCUCAGCAGCAGCUCCGGCCUGGGCCUCAACGGCAGCAUGGCCACCAGCCAGGCAGCCAGCGACAGCUACCACACUUCCGACUCCACCAUGCUCACCCCGCCCUCCAGCCCCCCGCCGCCCCCUCCCAAAGAGGAGCCAGCUACCCUCAGGCAGCAGCAGAAGCACCAGGUCUCCUGGAACAAUGGGAUCGAGGGCCCCACUACACCUGAGCCAGCCAAGAAGCCAGCUAAGGCUGCACCCACCAAGACCAAGAGCCCUGUGCCUGCACCAAGGACCCAACUCAGCCCUGUGUCUGUGCCCAAGCCUGCCCCCAGGACUACACCAGUCACUUCGCCGGUCACUGCUCCAGUCACUGCUCAAUUGGUGGUCAUGAGACGGGAUAAGAGCAGCAAACCACGUCGGGAGGAGGUGAGGAAGUCGUUCGUGGAGUGCGUGGCGGAGAUCCCGUUUGCGGACGAUGUGGAGGACACGUACGACGAGCGGACGCCGGACACAAACAUGGACAGGUUCUACACCCCGCCCAGCAGCAAGCCCAACAGGGAGAGAGAGAAACGUCCCCUGCACCUGGCCCUGGCCAUGGAAAACGGAAAGCCGAUUUUCCCUGUGAACCAGCAGGCCUCGAAGAGCCAGAAGGCCCAGCAGUUCUCCCCUGAGGCCAAGGAGAUAGCCGAGGAGCGGAUGAGAGCCAGAGAGAAGUCCAUCAAGAGCCAAGCUUUGAAGGACGCCAUGGCCAAGCAGCUCAACAAGAUGAAAGAGACGGACACGGCCAAGGGCACCGCCGCUAAAGUGGUGUGGAACGCCUCAUCAGAGACGUCCGGGAAAAGUACUAAGAAGUCAUCCGGCUCUCCAAAGAAGUCUGCAGUGAAAUCUCUGGAGUCAAAGAAGGCUGAGACUCUACCGGAGCGUUUCUUUAGCAGUCAGGGAAACAAGAGUCUGGACAGCUCAACCGUCUCCUCCGACGGCUCCGCCUCGGGGGGCAAGAGCAAGAAGCGCAGCUCUCUUUUCUCUCCACGCAAGAACAAGAAGGAGAAGAAAGCCAAGAACGAAAGCCAGCUCUCCGUCAAGCACGGCACAGACGAGACGCCGUCGCCGCCCAAACACAAGUCCCUGUGGAAGACUGUGUUCUCAGGGUACAAGAAAGACAAGAAGAAGAAUAAGGAUGACAAGUCGUGUCCCAGUACGCCAUCCAGCUCCACCACCAACGACUCCGGGAAGAAGCGAUUGUCGCCUCUCGGCAGGUCGUCAGGUGAGACUGACAGAGAAACAAGGGAUGUCAUGGCGCCUGUAGUUUACCAGUUUACCAUGGACCGUAGUUUACCAUGGUUUACAAUGGCCUGUAGUUUACCAUGACUUGCUUAGAGCAUUUAGUCUUGAUGUCGGUCUUUGGUUAUAUGUUCCUGGCUAGUUAUUUUAGUUAUGGUUACAUCAAGUCCAGAGAGAAAUAACAGAUAGUUAUGCUGUCUUUGUUUUUUCCAUUCCAGAUUUGAAGUCGCGCAGAAACCUGAGCUUCUCUGAGGACUCGGAUCUGUCAUGUGAUGAUGUGCUGGAGAGGUCUUCCCAGAAGUCUAGGACAGACGUGAGUCAUGUUUGUCACUCAAAGUUUUAUUUUCAUCCCUCAUCAGUUCACACUUGAAAACCUCACCCCAACUGUGGUCAUUUUUUUGUGUUUUCAUAUGUUGUUUUAAAUCCUUUAUAUUCCAAGCGGCAUACGGACAUCUUUGACCUAGUGUCAGACAUUCAGAAGGAAACGAUGAAGGAGGAAAAAGCGGAGAUGGAGAGAAAAAGGAAAAAAAUAAGAGAAAGGGAAAAAGAAAGAGAAAAGGAACGAGAAAGAGGUCGGGACCUUGAUCGAUUCAUAGAAAAAGAGGAAGAGGAGGUACUACACUAGGUGCUACAGUGGGAUGAAUGCUUUUGAAUUUCAAACAAGCAUAAAAAUGGAAAUGUUGAAUGUAAAUUACAAUAACUUUUUGGGACUAUAUUAUACUCAAGCACAUAAAUUCUUCUUUUUAACAGAGUUAUUAUCUGGUACCCAAAACAGUAUUAUACAAAUAGUCAAGAUAGGUCUGGAGCUUUUCCAUUUACUACAAAUUGAAGUGGCAUUUUGUUCUGUCUGCAAGCAAAGUAACAACGUAUUAGUAUAGUAUUAAUAGUAGGAAUUGAUUGAAGUUCAAUGUUAAAUUAAAAUCUCCCUACCAUCAUAUCUAAGCCAAUAUGACACCAAUGUCGAUGAAAAUGGUCAACAACUCUACCUGUGUGAAGCUAGCCACAAUAAGGAUUAGCCACAAUAGUGGAAUUUGCGGUUCGCCUUCAAAAUAAAAGCCCCCCAUUGAAAGUGAUAAAAAUGGAUACAAAUCGUGGAAUCAUGCCAUAUUUGGACUAGUUAAUGAUAAACAAGUUCGGAAUGUUGUUAUAUAAAUUCAACAAAAGACAAUAAUUAGUUAAUUUGACAAAGUAUAAAUCAGUUGAAAUUGCACUAUGGAAGUAUUAGACUUUAGAAUUGCAUUGGGGGCAUACUGACAGGGAUCCAAAACAUUAAGGACACCUGCUCUUUCCAUGACAUAGACUGACCAGGUGAAAGCUAUGAUCCCUUAUUGAUGUCACUUGUAAAAUCCACUUCAAUCAGUGUAGAUGAAGGGGAGGAGACAAGUUAAAGAAGGAUUGUUAAGCCUUGAGACAACUGAGACAUUGUUUGUGUAUGUGUGCCAUUCUAACGGUGAAUGGGCAUGAAAAAUAUUUAAGUGCCUUUGAACGGGGUAUGGUAGUAUGUGCCAGGCGCACCGGUUUGUGUCAAGAACUGCAACACUGCUGGGUUUUUCACGCUCAACAGUUUCCUGUGUGUAUCAAGAAUGGUCCACCACCCAAAGGACAUCCAGCCAACUUAACACAACUGUGGGAAGCAUUGGAGUCGACAUGGGCCAGCAUCCCUGUGGAAUGCUUUUGACAACUUGUAGAGUCCAUACCCUGACAAAUUGAGGUUGUUCUGUUCUUUUAUUUUUUAUUUUACCUUUAUUUAACUAGGCAAGUCAGUUAAGAACAAAUUAUUAUUUACAAUGAUGGCCUACACCGGCCAAACCCGGACGACGCUGGGCCAAUUAAUGUUUGUACACUCAGUGUAUAUGCACUGUACAACCUAACCUAUGGAUGUUGCACCCAUGUAAUGGAGUAUCAGCUUACCCAGUGCCACUCACAGAACACAACUGUGUAAAGUUGACACCCAGGGGGGACCCCAGGACCGAGUUUGGGAAAUCCUGAUCUAGGAGGAGGGUUAAAUUGAAUUGGUUUUACAUGUAUUAGUGAACAGUGAAAAUAUGCAGUGUCUGGCAAAAAUAAAUCUUCUGCAAACCGAGCCCCACACAUCUGACUUAAUUUGCAUUCAUUAUGCUGAAAUAGUUGAAAUUCAAAAGUGUUUAGUCCGCUGCUGCUCUGUAUUUGUGGAGGUUUAUACAGUAGAAUAGAUGGAGCUCAGGGCCAGAGGCAAGCAUUCCUCAUGCUAACCUUUUAAAGACUUUCCAAAGCAACUCUGAAUAAAUAAAGUAGGGCGUUUCCUGUUGUUGUUAUUGUCUUGCCCAUGGUUAUGAUUACAACAGACGCUGAACAUGUAUCGGAGCAUGGAAAACAUGACUUCAGUCAUAUUUUGGAACCCAGGCUCCUAGACUAAACAUGUCUGAUGGUACAGCAUAACACUUGUUUUUAGCUCAAACAAUUUAACAAAAUGGCUUUUCAUGUUCGUUAACAGUUGAUCUCUUCACUACAAGGGAUCUGGCCCUGUGACGUUCAUUGAGGAACAUCAGGAAUCAUUUAUCCAGAAUAGUCUCGAUUAGUUUUUGUGUUCAGUCGUUCGUUUAGUGUUUGUCGUUUUUUAGAGAUGUGAUGUUGAGUAGUUUAAUGACAGUUCUGUGGAGUGAAAUAGUACCUUUACUUCUCACUGAAAUAGUAGGUGAUGUACUGUAUCUUAUUGUCACUUAUUUUUGUCUCAGACUGCUCUUCUAGUAGCUGUGCAGAUGAAUCUACACUGAACAAAAAUAUGAACGCAACAUGUAAAGGGUUGGUCCCAUGUUUCAUUAGCUGAAAUAAAAGAUCCCCGAAAUUUUCCAUACGCACAAAAGGCGUAUUUCUCUCAAAUGAUGUGCACAAAUUUGUUUACAUCCCUGUUAAUGAGCAUUUCUCUUUUGCCAAGAUAAUCCAUCCACCUGACAGGUUUGGCAUAUCAAGAAGCUGAUUAAAUAGCAUGAUCAUUACACAGGUGCAAUUUGUGCUGGGGACAAUAAAAGGCCACUCUAAAAUGUGCAGUUUUGUCACACAACACAAUGCCACAGAUGUCUCAAGUUUUGAGGGAGCGUGCAAUUGUCAUGCUGACUGCAGGAUUGUCCAUCAAAGCUGUUGCCAGAGAAUUGAAUGUUCAUUGCUUUACUAUAAGCCGCCUCAACGUUGUUUUAGAGAAUUUGGCAUUAUGUCCAACUGGCCUCACAACCGCAGACCAGGUGUAUGGUGUCGUUUGGGCGAGCGGUUUGCUGAUGCCAACGUUGUGAACAGAGUGCCCCAUGGUGGAAGUGGGGUUAUGGUAUGGGCAGGCAUAACCUACGGAAAAAAAAAACACAAUUGCAUUUUAUCGAUGGCAAUUUGAAUGCACAGAGAUACCAUGACGAGAUCCUGAGGCCCAUUGUCGUGCCAUUCACCCGCCGCCAUCACCUCAUGUUUCAGCAUGAUAAUGCACGGCCCCAUGACGCAAGGAUCUGUACACAAUUCCUAGAAGCUGGCCUGCAUACCCACCAGACAUGUCACCCAUUGAGCAUAUUUGGGAUGCUCUGGAUCGACGUGUACGACAGUGUGUUCCAGUUCCCGCCAAUAUCCAUCAACUUCGCACAGCCAUUGAAAAGGAGUGGGACAACAUUCCACUGGCCACAAUCAACAGCCUGAUCUAUGCAAAGGAGAUGCGUCGCGCUGCAUGAGGCAAAUGGUGGUUAUAACAGAUACUGACUGUUUAAAAAAAAUAAAAAUCUGUAUUCCCAGUCAUGUGAAAUCCAUAGAUUAGGGCCUAAUGAAUUUAUUUCAGUUGACUGAUUUCCUUAUAUGAACUGUAAUUCAUUAAAAUCUUUGAAAUUGUUGCAUGUUGUGUUUAUAUUUUAGUUCAGUAUAUUUUAGAGCAAUCCCUUCUCAUUCAUUUAAUCAACCGUUACUGUUUUAUUCACGUUGUCUCUGGGUAUCUAUUUCAAUACAAAUGAUUUCAUUUCAGUGUUUGAUGACUAAUUCAUGGUAGUAAUGUUGAUUCAUCACUGCACCCUCAUCUUUGUGUUGAUGGGGGGACCUUUAACAUUGCCUGUUUGAUUGUACCCAUUUAAUCAUUCCAUUUUUUUGUUUUUUUUUUUUUCUGUUUGUUUUGUUUUCCCCAAGUCUGUUUAUGUCCCUCACGCAUUGGCGUUCAAGAGAGCGUACGCCACCAAGGUAGUGUGUACAUGCAUGUCCAUUGGCCCACGUCAUAUUACCCCUGCGCAUUAGCCAACCGUUGCACUACUACCCUAACCCUCUCCACCCUUUUUGCCACAGCGGCUACCCUGACCGCAUAACUAACCAUUACUCUUCAGAUGCAUGUCACAGCCAGGCCACAGCGCCCUCCCCUCUGCUGGAGGUCCAAACUACUGCACUCCUCAUUUUUCUGGUCACAAUGAAUGACAACUAUCCAAUAUGCCCACCCGUGCUGUUCCUCUGUCUGCUCCGGUCGGGUGUCAAUCAGCUUAUCUUUUGUCUGUACUGGUCUGAUGUUAACCCACUAUUCUCCAACGCUGCUAUCAGAUCCACUUGGAUUCCAGCUACCUCUUCUUGUUACAGUCUGCUCAUUUUCUAAACUCUCUCUUUUCCUAUAUCAAAUGUUCCUAUAUUUAAAUUAUAUUACAUUUUUCAUAUUUGUUUUUUUUUUCACUCCAAAUACAAACUUUUAUUGCAGAAAAAUAAUAACUGAAAGAGGACAAGAACCUCUUUAAAUGUACAUAGACCAACUCAUAAAAUAUGAUGGAAACUUUUCCAUACAUUUCUGAGAAUGUAUAGGCUUAUAGACUGGGGAAAUAUUACGAGUUAGAGAAAUGAUACAAGGAAAUCUAAGGUAUCUCAUAGAUUUGUAGUUAUGUGUAUUUGUGUCUGUUCAGUUUGGAUUGUGUGUUGUGAACUUCAGGUUGUGUUAGAGCAGAUUGUGGUAGCUGCCCUGUCUAUAAGAUCCCUGUAGUUAGUCUUACCCUUUGGGCCUUAUGCCAUUUCUAGAAUUGGUGAGCUCUUCUCGUACUCAAUGGUAGUCUUUGGUAUAACUGAUAGCCACCUCCCAGAAAGAAACACCAGUUUUCUAUUUAAUCCCACUGCUAUCGUUCUCUCCAAUAGGAUUACAUUAGACUAUAUCAGUCACCCCUGUAAGCGCUCGCUGGUCUCUUCACUGUAGAAAAGGUUCUGGGAAUGUUCUUUGAACGUUCUGUGAACAGAGAGGUUCCACUGUCCUGUCUUGUGUAGGGCUUAAGGCCUCUGACAUGGUUGUAAUGUUGUUUCAGAAAACCUACACAGAGGAGGAGCUCAAUGCCAAGCUGACACGGAGGGUACAGAAAGCUGCCCGGCGACAGGCCAAGCAGGAGGAGCUGAAGAGACUGCACAGAGCCCAGGUAAGCAGCCAAUAGGACAUUUUGUGAUGGAAAAAGUCCACACUGCACAGGAGUGUUUAACCGGUGAACCAAGACCGCUGUGAAUUAUGAAUGAUUUUGGCAAGCCCCAAUUUGAUGUCUUUGAAGAUCAAGACAAUACUAAUUAGCUAUGCAUCCUCUGUGUUGCCGCUUAUGAAUAUUUGAUGACAAAAAGUAAGCCUAUUUACCGAAGAACAAAAACGGAUCCAACUUUGAGACGUUAAUUAUUAAGAGGGUUUCAGACACGACCUUUAAACUCUUCUCAUACAAAAAUGUUUUAGUUUAUGGAACUGUGUGGGUUCAUUCAAAUGUUUUGGAUUUGUGGGCUAUGAGAGACUCUCCAAGACCCUCUGCAAGUGUCUCUGUGUGUGUGUGUGUGUGUGUGUGCACGUGUUCUGAAUUAUUCGUUCCCUCACUCAGACCAUCCAGAGGCAGCUGGAGCAGGUGGAGGAGAAACAGAGACAGCUGGAGGAGAGGGGCGUGGCCGUGGAGAAAGCCCUGCGAGGGGAAGCAGGUACAUAUCUUUCACUCUUACGUCUUCUUAUUCUGAUUGGGUUACAUCCCCCAAGGGCCCGCCCGUGGGGUAUGGUCAUACUUUUUUAAUGUUGGGAUUGGGGAAAAGAGUUUGGAGCUUUUCAUUCAGUUUGUUGAUGUACGUGGGUCCUAGUUGGGUGGAGAUGAUCCUCUUCAACAAUUGUAUAUGUUAAUCUCUAUUUUGUUCUAAUACAUUUUAAUGUUAUAUGCUACUAUACGCUGCUUGUAUACUAAAUACAUUCUGGAUAUGCAAGUACAAAUUCAGUUUGACUGCUUGCCCUCUAAAUCAACUCAACCACUCUCAAACGCUGUUACUGAGGGUCUCUUGUCUGUAACAAUGUUCCUCUAAACGUGCAUUGACCUCCCUUUUAUGUAGUAAAAGUGGUUUUGAUAGCAGCAAACUAGACUUUUCACAAACCUAUACUUUUCACAAACCCAGUCACCCAGGUUUAGCAAGGAAUGAAAGUAUAUCUUACAUUUGUAGAAAUCCUACUCUUGGAUAUGGAUAUACAGUAUCUGGAUACUGGUGGUAUCUGUUACUCUGAAACAAUGCAUUCAAACUAUGCAAGACAAGGGACUAUCACAGACAUCUGUACUUUCACUCAGUGAAGAAGUCAUUAUUGGUUACUGUAGAACAUGACACAAUGCUAACACAGCUUUAAUAUAGUUUCAAGGCAUGGAAAGUAUAGCAUAAAUAGAACAUUUUGUAAUUUACUCUUGGCAUGAAAAUAAUCGGUCACUUUUUGAGUGAUUUAGUCUCAAUAUAAUGUAUAAUUACUUGUAAUCUACAGGAUUCUUGGUGAAUACUACACAAACUGGUGAAUGCUUGCUUAUAAUAUAGCUAUGGUGACUUUCUACACCCGAAAGAAUAAGACCAAUUGAAUGACAACCUUGAGGUGUAGGAGUCGAUCUUGAUUGGUCAUUUUGCUUAUCUUACUAAAACUUUUUUCCAUCAAAUUUCUCUCAAAUGGACUUUAACCUCUCUAUCGUCUACUCUUUUAAAGGGUUGUAUAAAGGGACUUAUUGUACUAUACCAAAACAACACAAAAGAAGAUCAGGUAUUAGACUCACUGUAGUUAAUAUAAGACCCGUACUGUACUCUACAUGUCAUUUGUGGUGACACACUGCAACAGUCUUCCAUCUCUGAACAUUUUAUCUUUGUACUCAUUUUUUCUGUCGGUCAUCGUCUGAGCUGCAUGCGAUUUGGAGAAUGUCUGUUUCAACAUAGAUUUGUAUGUGCUCACACUGGAUGUGGUUGUCCACAUAGCCUCAUAUGGAAGGGUUUAUAUUCGCCAAGAUUGAGUUCAUGCUACAUUGUGUUUAUCUAUUGGUAUGGUCAAUAAUCAAAAGUGGGGAUACUUACAAGAAAUCUUAACCCACCAACCCUUUGGGUUGUAUCAGAUGAGUAAGUGACGUACACUCUGACACUCCAGAGCUGGUGUUGCCUCCUACUCACACACAGUUCAUAACUCAUACACAGAGGCAGUACCCAGCCAUACAGCAAAUCUAUGUAGCCAUCCUAUCAUUACGGAAAAUGCCAUGUAGUACAAGCCAAUAUGUGUACUUGACUGCGUAUGUAUUGUGGUGAGUGUGUAUAUUGUGGUGUGUGUGGAUGUGAUGUGGAUGCAAUCACAUGCAUGACCCUGUUGUUGCAGAUUCGUAUUGCCCAGUGGUGGCUGUGUGUGUACAAUAACUCGUAUCUCUAAUAUAUCCCUGUUGUAGACUAUUGGGGAGAGUCUAAUUACAGUGAAAUCCUGGACUUGCAUCUGGGCGGUAUGUAUUUCAAAUCUGUCGCUUCCAACUAACUAACAGCUAACCCACCUAUCUGUCUUUCCCAGCUAUACUACUGGUCUGGAGCUUGUUUCCCCUUAGCUUCAUUCCCUGCUGCUGCAGUAGCCUACUCACCCUCUGACCCCUUCACACCUAGCACACACACGGUCAGAAAGAUCACACACUUUUCUUAUCUUGUCAUCUUAAAAUAGUUUGAUCAUUUUCACAGACUCUUUGAUCAUUUUAACGUUAAUGUCACUGCAUUGAUUACAUAAUGAUUUUACAGCAUUGGGAUAGUGUACAAGUUUUUUAUUUUUAAUUUAUUAUACGCAUGCUAACAUCCACCCACCCAACUGGAAAGUAGUACAGCCCUGCCUCUUACUGACCCUUAAACUCCUAACUAAACCCAUGGUCUGGCCCUUGACUAGCCCUUAGCCCACCCCUUCUACCUUAGAGCUGUGUGCUGUGGUACUAAAUCCAUCCCUGUAGUCCCAGCUCUGGUGCCACUGCUCCUCUGCCUCUCCCAUACCUGCCCCAUUGCUUAACUCCCUGUACUGUACAUGUCUGUGCUGAAAGGCACCCUAUUCCCUAUAUAGUGCACUACUUUUGACCAGGGCCCUAUAUAGUGCAUUACAGUUGACCAGGGCACAUAGGGCGCUGGUCAAAAGUAGUGCACUAUAUAGGGAAUAGGGUUUGGGCCCUGGUCAUAAAUAGUUCACCAUACAGGGCCAUAGGGCUCUGGUCAAAAGUAGUGCACUACAUAGGGAAUAGGGUGCCAUUUCGGACGCAACCUGUGAUGGUCCAACAGUGUCUCCGUCUUAUUGACCCAGGGUGGAUGUGGUGUGUGUCCGUCCGACUGUUAGACUGUUAUUCUCUCUGUGAUGAUGCUGUCCAGCCAUGUUGUCGUUGUCACCACCCAUUAGACAGGAGAUGGUGUGGAGUGUUGUAACACUGGGAAAAAUCUAUCUGGCCAUUGUCCCCGCAAUAAUAUGAUCACAUUCAUGAAUUUCAUGCCCCCUUUGACUAUUGUUCUUCACUUCCUCACUUUGUGGUUUAUCAUGCCUCGGUACAAUUCCAUGCAACCAUCAUAAAUGUUUAGUUUCUUGAGAUAAGGCAUCCAUUGCACAGAAGGUAAGUAUUUCUGGAAUUGGAGAAUGAGAGACACAAUUGACACUUUUGGUUUGAUCCUCCAAACUGAAUGCAGUGGUCUCAAGCUUCGGGGCUGUGUGGAGGAUAAGGUCUGCAUUUUGCAGGUUGGGCCUGGUCUGGUACAGUGUUGGCCUGUGUGGUAAAGUGAUGUGGACUGGCAUCCAUCUGACUGGCUCUGGCUGAAUCAUGCUCUGCGACACAGGCUGUUGUGGGAAGCAGCAUGGCUGUGCUGUGUGUGUGUGUGUGUAGUAGCCCUGUAGGGGGUGCUAAAAGCUAGCGAACAAAACUGUCAUGCUCUCGCUUUUGGCCAGCAGGGUUGUCUGCAGCGACAUCUUGUAUAUCACUCCAUUUAUGACCAUAAUCACCUCCAAUAGGCACGCUAGUUUCACAAUCCACUGAUUCUCAAUGAUUUGGAAUUUCAUAUACAUAUUCUAUUCCAUAACUUUGAUUUUAUGAUGAGGUACGAGGCAGAACCAAUACGCUCUAAAAUCUCACAGCAAUGAGUGUAUAAGUGAUAGCCUAUCUUGUUUGAGUCGAGAGUUAUUAUGAUUCUACAUGGCAGUUUUUCCAACACUUCUUCCUCCUAUCCUCAGUGAUAGUCCCUUGUGGUUUAAUUUCCCAGCAUUCCAUUCUCUCCCAGCUCUGUCACACAGGUCUCAGACUUUUCAGUACAUUGUGUGUGUUUCCUGUCUGUAUCGGUGUGUGACAGUGUAUGACACCAUCCCUCCUAUUCACAUGUCCUAUCAAAAUCAUUCCCAUUGUGCGUUCCAUACUCUUUGGGAUAGAAGGCUCUUCCUUGUUGAGAAAAUUAAAUUACUUUGUCUAUUUUCCACUUUACUAACUCUACUAUAUCCAGUAGAUAGUAUGAACUAAUUUUCUGUGAGUCCUCUGUAGCUCAGCUGGUAGAGCACGGCGCUUGUAACACCAAGGUAGUGGGUUCGAUCCCCGGGACCACCCAUACACAAAAAAAAAAAAAAAAAGUAUGCACGCAUGACUGUAAGUCGCUUUGGAUAAAAGCGUCUGCUAAAUGGCAUAUUAUUAUUAUUAUUAGAACAUUCUCGCUGAGGUUCACAUGCAUUUGUACGAAAUGCUAAUUUGCACUUCAAAAUAGCCACAAUAGCGUCAAAAAAUACAAGUUGUUAUGUUUACCUGGAAGAGCUGAAAUAUUUUCAAGGAUGGAAUAAUGAAAUCAUCUAAGCAGGAAAGAGUUAUUUUCUAUUUCUGUAAACCUUGAGUUUUUAUUUGGAUGAAUCCAAUUUGCAGAGCAUUGUCAACACAUUACACAACAUUGAUGUUGUAAAGGCUCCUAUGGACAAUACUGUCUUGCUUAGUUUGAGGGGUAUUAUUCUGAUGAACAGAUGAAAGAAGAAGAUUAUUUCCCCUCCCGUUCUCCAGCCCUUUAUGUUUUCCCUCCCUCCCUCCCUCCCUCCCUCCCUCCCUCCGAUCUCUCCCACCUCUUUCAAGGUGCUUUCAGUUCUCCCCCCGAGUGCUCUCACUCUUUUAGAUUUUUCUCCUCACUGUUGUUUCUUCCUCACCUCCCUCCCUCCCUCGUUCACUUCCUCUCACGCUUUAUGUCCUCUACACUUUUUCCUCUGUGUUUAUCACCUCUCCCUCUUCCUCCUCACCCUCUCUCCUCCACUCUUCCACUCUUCGGCACUCUUUCCCUAUGUUGUGGAAGUAGUUGACCCCUUUGUCGGGACCCCUCGCCGAAGACCUAUCUUCUUCUGCCCAUGCUGUUCCCCUGAAGGUAACGUAAUCUAUCGCCUCCCCUGCUGCUGGUUGCUGCAGGUUACCACGGCAACCGACUGCCGGGCUCCACAGAGCAGGGCUCCUCCCGCCUGGUCUCCUGAAACUCCUCCUCCUCUCCCUCUGUGUGCCCAGGCUCAGUAGAUUUCCCCAUGUCACCGUUCUGAUUCUGCCAUAGUCGUAUCACACUACAUUCAACACUACAGUACACACAUUUAUGUAGACAUUUUGUGAACUUGCUGCAACGGUGUAGAAAAAUAAGGACAGGACAUGUCUAUGCUACUGAUGUACUUUCGGUUUGUUGAGCUGAGGAUACUCAGAAACCUAGUUCACAUUGCCACCAAUAGUAUUUUUAAAAGGUUUAUUUACUGACAGUCUUGAAUCAACCAUGUAACAAUGAUGUUUCUAUAGACCCGCUCCCAGAUUAACUUGCCCUUGAGUUUAACAGUCUCAAGCAGAACAUGUGAAACAUAUUUCAAAGCCCUCAACCCUAGUUAACGACUCAAGUAAACAACUAUAGUGCACACCUUUUUCCAUCAUUCCAAGUAGCUGCAGCUAAAGCUCUGCUUCAGUGUGUGUUUAAUCAACAGCAUGUCCUCUGUUUGCUGUAAAACUAAUGGACAUCUGCACGACUGAGUGGUCUAGUCUCUCUAUAGUGUGUGAAGGCUGCCAGACAGCCUCUGUCCCUCGACUGUAGUGUGUUACAACUAAAGACUGUGUGUGAUAAGGUUGUGGUAAAGGUAACGAAAUACCUACAACGUGUGACGCGUCUCAGUUUUGCAUAUUCUACCAAUAUACAGAUAUGCAAGAAUUUAGAACAAGAAAACAUUUCUGGAUCAUCUCGUCUCUAACACCUGUCUGUGUGAAACUUCUUGAGAAAACUUCUGAUCAAUGUGGCAAACAAAACAUGCCUGUGUGUGUUCUGUGCAAUCUGGUUUUCAGGCUGGUGUGAGUGUGGUAUAUAGCUAACUGUGUGGCUCUUCUCUCCUGUGUUCUGGGAUCCUGGGCUGAGGGUGGUGGACGAGGCGCAAAGAGAGAGGGAGAGAGAGAAAAGCAAGCACAUUGUUGGAUAAGUUAGCAAAUCCACCUGUUUCCAUCUUGUCCUGUCUGAGGAACCCUGCUUUGCCUCUCUCUGUCCUUGUCUGUUAAUCAGCGAAAGCCGGCAGCAGCACACGAGAGCACAGCCAUUCGAUUUUUGUGUGUACUGUGUUUUUCCUUUUCGUUUUGCAAGAGACUCCACCACUCCAGCUAAGUACGUCAUGCUGCAUCAAUGGUUUGCCCCCCAGUGUCUCAUUGAAACCGCUUGGCUCCACCUGCGUGUGACAGAUAGCAUAGCAUGGACUGGCCGCCUUUACAGUGGCACAAAGGUUCUCUGGCCCUUGGCUGCAUUGGCCCUUGACUGCAGUAAUGCAUGCCAAAUGAGGGCUUCCCCCUCAGGCAGACCAAAUUGGAGAGUAUGAUGGCUUCACUAUUGGUCCAAAUGACAGAUCACCGCCGCCACCAUUUGACCCAGUAGUAGAAGGGAGUAUGAAAUAAUUCAUAAAAUGGGUGUUAUGAAACCACUCUGCAUAAAUAGGAUCUGACAGAAUCCUUUAUUUCUGCUGGUGGUUCAUUGUUGCAUGUAGGAUGUAUAACUUCCAUUGGGAUAGAACACCAGAAUAGUUGUAUCUCUGUGUAAAAUGUCCAUAGGUUCAAUGUGGUGGAAUAGCCAGGUUUUCUGCCCGUACCUAUGGCCCUCUCUGUAAGGGGGACACAAACACUGGUAGGAGACGACCACUGCUCUGAACAUACCGUGGUCCUGUGUAGGACAGUUGGUAGAGCAUGGCGCUUCCAACGCCAGGAUAGUGUGUUUGAUUCCCGGGACCACCUAUAUGAUGAUAAUUUAUGCAGGCAUGACUGUAAGUCGCUUUGGGUAAAAGCAUUUGCUAAAUGGCAUAUAUUAUUAUUAUUAUUAUUAUUAUUAUUAUUAUAGUACAGUAGCAGGGGUGUCUGUCUCAGAAGUUCAGAUUGAGUGACACAAACUCUAAACUUUGCAACACCCGUUUUUUUGUGCGCAUUUUCCAAAGUUGAAAUCUCCUCCACGCCAUCUUCUGUGAGCCGUAUAGCCAGAACAUGCUGACCCCUGCUCAACAGUCCGUUCAAUCAUACCCACCUCAUCAUCCAUUCCCAUUACAAAGACAUCUUGGCUUGGCUGUCAAUGCAUUGCCUGUGUCAGUGUCUGCAUCAGACCCACCUAGAGCUUCCUCUGCCCUGCCGUUUCCCUCACUCCCCUUUCUGUGUUGCUUCCAGGGAUGGGGAAAAAGGACGACCCCAAGCUCAUGCAGGAGUGGUUCAAACUGGUCCAGGAAAAAAACGCCCUGGUGCGAUACGAAUCUGAGCUGAUGAUAUUGUGAGUUAACCAUUAAUAUCCUUUGUUAUAGGCAUACUGAAUGUUAACUCUGCAUCCAUAUUAGGUACUGUAACUAAAGGUAGAGAGACAUCAUUUAGACAUACACUACCGUUCAAAAGUUUGGGGUCACUUAGAAAUGUCCUUGUUUUGGAAACAAAAACAAUGUUUUUGUCCAUUAAAAUAACAUCAAAUUGAUCAGAAAUACAGUGUAGACAUUGUUAAUGUUGUAAAUGGCUAUUGUAGCUGGAAACGGCUGAUCUUUAAUGGGAUAUCUACAUAGGUGUACAGAGGCCCAUUAUCAGCAACCAUCAGUCUUGUGUUCCAAUGGCAUGUUGUGUUUGCUAAUCCAAGUUGAUCAUUUUAAAAGACUAAUUGAUCAUUAGAAAACCCUUUUGCAAUUAUGUUAGCACAGCUGAAAACUGUUGUGCUGAUUAAAGAAGCAAUAAAACUGGCCUUCUUGAGACUAGUUUAGUAUCUGGAGCAUCAGCAAUUGUGGGUUUGAUUACAGAAUCAAAAUGGCCAGAAACAAAGAACUUCCUUCUGAAACUCGUCAGUCUAUUCUUGUUCUGAGAAAUGAAGGCUAUUCCAUGCGAGAAAUUGCCAAGAAACUGAAGAUCUCGUACAACGUUGUGUACUACUCCCUUCACAGAACAGCGCAAACUGGCUCUAACCAGAAUAGAAAGGGGAGUGGGAGGCCCCGGUGCACAACUGAGCAAGAGGACAAAUACAUUAGAGUGUCUAGUUUGAGAAACAGGCGCCUCACAGGUCCUCAACUGGCAGCUUCAUUAAAUAGUACACCAGUCUCAACGUCAACAGUGAAGAGGCGACUCCGGGAUGCUACACAGCGUUGUACGAGAUCUUCAGUUUCUUGGCAAUUUCUCGCAUGGAAUAGCCUUCAUUUCUCAGAACAAGAAUAGACUGACGAGUUUCAGAAGAAAAUUAUUUGUUUCUGGCCAUUUUGAUUCUGUAAUCGAACCCACAAUUGCUGAUGCUCCAGAUACUCAACUAGUCUCAAGAAGGCCAGUAUUAUUGCUUCUUUAAUCAACAGUUUUCAGCUUUGCUAACAUAAUUGUAAAAGUGUUUUCUAAUGAUCAAUUAGCCUUUUAAAAUGAUAAACUUGGAUUAGCAAACACAACAUGCCAUUGGAACACAGGACUGAUGGUUGCUGAUAAUGGGCCUCUGUACGCCGUUUCCAGCUACAAUAGCCAUUUACAACAUUAACAAUGUCUACACUGUAUUUCUGAUCAAUUUGAUGUUAUUUGAAUGGACAAAAAAAUUCAUUUUCUUUCAAAAACAAGGACAUUUCUAAGUGACACCAAACUUUUGAACGGUAGUGUAGAUUUAUGACAUAAUUUAGACUUUAGACAAAGUUCAGGGCCACAGGUGUAAUAGUUGGGCCGUAAGUCUGGCUUUCUGUCCCCCAGUGCACGAGAACUGGAGCUGGAGGAUCGCCAGAGUCGACUGCAGCAGGACCUGAGGGAGCGCAUGGCAAUUGAAGGUGAGGACCGCCAUUUUUCAAUUCAAUAAAUCUUUAUUGUCCCUCAAAGGGCAAUUUGUGUGCAGCAUAAAAAACAUGAAAAAGCGGGACCAUGGGAAACAACAUCCAUGGUUUCAUCAAAUUCUAACUACCUCAGAGUGAGACUCUUUUCACUUUCCUCUCCACUUAUGAGCUCUCCACUUAUCUGUCCCUCUUUCUCUCUUUUACACCCUCCUCUCCUCCUAAGACCACCUGAAGACUGAGGUGGAGCUGGCGCGGGAGAAGCACAUCCUGAAUGAGAUGCUGGAGGUGGUAGAGCAGAGAGACUCCCUGGUAGCCCUCCUGGAGGAGCAGAGGCUCAGGGAGAAGGAGGAGGACAAGGACCUGGAGUCAGUCAUGCUCUCCAAGGGCUUCAACCUCAACUGGGCCUGAGGAGGAGAGAAACUAGACGCACCAUCCACCCCCACUCAGAUAAUACACUACCCCUCCCCUGUGUCAGGGCUCAGUGAAGGCCCAACCCAUGGUCCCAUGCUUGGUCCCAGAUUCCUCAGCAGAGAAUGUAUACAGAAUGGAGUUGUCCUAUCACGGCCCUUCUGUUGGUGAAUGUGUGCAGAGUUGGCUCCUCUGUUGGAGCAGUCUAAAAUGUUUACAUAUCUACCCUGCCAUCAGGCAGGCAUCAUUACCUACAGUGAUCUCACCUCACGGUGGGAGGAGCAACUACAGCCUGGACUUUCUCAGAAGUUCUUUUGACGUUGUUCUCCAGAAUGGGGAACUUACCUUCUCUUGGGAGAAUGUUUUAAUUUUUUUUUUCUUUUAAUAUCGAUCACGCAAAGGGAAGAAAGAGGUUAGGUCCUGCUGAUAUAAAGGAAUUCAAUGUAUGAUACCUGUUUCUGUGUAUUGAAUGUGCAUAACACAACACAUUAAAGAAGCGGUGGUUUACCUAUCGACUGUUACAGGGUUUCUGUAGAAAGGGGAGGAGUGGACCGAAGCCUCUGGUCUCACUCUCAUCCUAUCAGUCUCAACCUAACCUCAUGACAUCCUCUGCCAUUCUGAAUGCUGACUGAGGGAGGGACAUCCUCUGCAUUAGCUGGCUUUCUCUCCAAUUACACACUGGCUUCCAUGUUCUGAGGAGCCAAUGAGGAUGACACUCUAAAAGGCCCUUUAUUUUUUUGCACAGAGAUUCACACUAAGAGUCAACACUAAGAAUCAAUGGAAUCUGGACACAUAGUCGUUUUCAAUUGUGUAUUUAUUAGCAUUGUUUUUACAAAGAACCUGAAUUAACUGUUUUUGGUAUUUUCUGUGUUCAUGGAAGAGAGUGCCUGAACUGGAGGCUCGACAGAAUGCACUUGUGCUCUCUUUAUGACAUUGACAGCAAGGAAACUAACUGAAAACUUCAUCACCCAGAAGCCAGUGCGUGUCAGGACUGUAUGCUGCUGCAGGCUCAUAGAGAAGCAUAUCCUGUGUUACAAUGUGCACGUUUUGUCAUUGCAGCCGACUUUAAAGGCGAGUUGGGACUGACUGAUCUACAAAUCACCU